AUGUUGUACCUUCUUUUCAUUUUGUUUGCCCUUUCCGGGCUCAGUCCUCUCGUUCGCCCCGUGGAUGCGGCACCAGGGGCUCUGGGAUAUGGCGUUUCACCUGGCAACGCCCCAAUCAUCAACCAAUAUUCGAAGUCGAAGGGUUUCGAGCACCAUUCACAAAGUCUUGCUCACGACCUUCGGGAAAAGAAGGGGAGGGUAAGGAGACAAGAAACGGCUACCGCUAACGCUGCAGGUACGACACAAGCUGCUCAGACCCAGGCCGCUCAGCAAACUCAGGCCGCUCAGCAGACCCAGGCCGCUCAGCAAACUCAGGCCGCUCAGCAGACCCAGGCCGCUCAGCAGACCCAGGCCGCUCAGCAGACUCAGGCCGCUCAGCAAACUCAGGCCGCUCAGCAGACACAGGCCAAAGUCAGCACUGGCAAUCCUCAGACCCAGGCCACUCAGCAGACCCAGGCUGCUGUCAGCACUGGUAAGCAGAGUACCGGCGCACCGAGCGUAGGAGGUCAAAGUACGGGCAAGCAGAGUACCGGCGCUCCCAGCACGGGACCUCAGAGUACGGGCAAGCAGAGCACCGGCGCUCCCAGCACGGGACCUCAGAGCACGGGCAAGCAGAGCACCGGCGCUCCCAGCACGGGACCUCAGAGUACAGGCAAGCCGAGCACAGGUGCUCUCAGCACGGGCCAACCUACUUCUAAGUCGACUGGUGUAACGCAACCAACACAGAGCACUGGGAAGCCAACGACGAUUAGUACCGGAAAGCCUUCUACUCAAUCAACUGGGGUCCCACGAUCGACUGCCAGCACUGGGAAACCAACAACUGUGAGCACUGGAAAACCAACAACUGCUAGCGCCGGACAACCUACGACUCAACCAACCGGUGUAACACAGUCAACUGCUAGUACCGGCAAACCUACAUCCCAGUCAACUGCUAGUAGUGGAAAACCCACCACACAAUCGACCGUUAGCACGGGAAAGAGCACCGUCAGCACGGGCAAGUCAACGACGGUCAGUACUGGGAAACCGAGUACAACUCAGUCUACUGCUAGCACUGGGAAGACUACCGUCAGCACUGGCAAGUCAACGACG